AUGCCCCGCUCGUUGCAUCUGAACCCGCCUUUCCGCGCGGAGCACAUCGGGUCGUUCCUCCGCCCCGCGACGCUCGUGCAGAAGCGCUUCGACUACGAGGCGCAGAAGUGCUCGGCGGAGGAGCUGCGGGCGCUCGAAGAUGAGAGCAUCCCGGCGGUGGUGGCGCUCCAGCGGGAGGUGGGUGUGAAGACCAUCACCGACGGUGAGAUGCGGAGAGGUGCAUUCUAUGAGGGGAUGUUUGAGAAGCUCGAGGGCAUGACGCCCGUACCCAAUCGGCCGUUGUCGGAGUUCAAGCAAUACGUCCCCUAUGUCGCGAUUUUCAACAUGAUGGGAUUGACUGGCUACUCGUCCAUAUACUGCAGCAGCAAGAUACAGCGGAAGAGAGGCAUUCACACCGAAGACUUCGCAUUCCUGAAAGGCUUGGUGUCGCCCGAGGAGGUGAAGCGUAUCAAGGUCACUGUUUGCGGACCGACAUGGAUGCACCUGCGCCACGGCACGGAGUAUACAUACGACAAGUCUGUGUACAAGACUGAUGAGGAAUACUUUGCGGACCUCAUCCGCGUCUACCGUGAGGAGCUCGCCGCUCUCUACGAGCUCGGGUGUCGCCACAUCCAGUUCGACGACCCGACGUUCGCGUUCUUCUGUGCCGACUCGAUGAUUGUCGGCAUGGAGCAGGCGGGGGUUGACCACGAAGCGCUGCUCAGCCAGUAUAUCGACGUGUACAACGAGAUUCUGAAGGACCAGCCUGCGGACCUCACGCUCGGGCUGCACACUUGUCGCGGGAAUUUCAAGGGAAUGCAUUAUAGUGGGGGAAGCCUCGACCGCAUUGCGGUGAAGUUAUUCAACGAUCUGAACAUCGACUGCUACUAUCUAGAGUACGACACUGAACGUGCCGGGGGUCUAGAACCCCUGCGACACCUUCCCCUCAACAAGACUGUCGUUCUAGGCCUUGUGACGACGAAGACAGGGAAGAUGGAAAGUGUAGACGAUAUCCGGGCACGCGUUGAGAGCGCGGUCGAGAUUAUCUCACAGGGCAGCCCAAAGCGGUCAAGGGAGGACGCUCUAAAUCAAAUUUGCAUCAGCCCGCAGUGUGGGUUUGCGUCGGUGUUUGAGGGUAACCCUAUCUCUGAGGAGGACGAGCGGAGCAAGCUGGGGCUGGUGGUCGAGGUAGCUAGGCAGGUCUGGGGGUAG